UUUGUAAGAAUAAGAAUUUUUUGCAUAAAGAUUUUAAAAAGUUUUUGUUUUUAGGAAGACAGAUCAAUGAUGACUUUUGAAGGAGAACAAUUUUUUGGAUGUUCCAAGAUAAUGCAGAAGAUUCAAAGUUUAACAUUCCAGAAGAUUGCGCAUAACAUUACAGCUGUAGACGCUCAGCCAAUGUUUGAUGGGGGUAUCUUAAUAUGUGUAUUAGGUCAAUUAAAGACUGAUGAUGAUCCUCCUCACGGUUUUAACCAGGUAUUUAUCUUGAAGCCACAGCCUGAAACCAGUAGCUUCUUUGUAGCCCAUGAUUCAUUUAGACUUUCACUUCACUCCAUUUAACGUUUUUAUUGAAAGUGACACAUUUUAAUGUUUUUCAGCCUAUUUUCCAAAUAUGAUUUAUUAAACCAUUUCUUUGCAAUUAUUUGAAUAAAGCUUAAUAUACUUUACUGUUUGUUGAAUAAUUGUCAUUGUGUAAAAUCUGCAUCAUGUUGAGCUAAUUGUUAAUAAAUGCAUUCUUUAUAGAAAAUAAAAAGAUGUAGUUUAAGUGAAA